GAGGAUCCGUCCUCCAAGGUCGCCCCUCCGCACCACAGCAUGAACCCUCUGCAAAAGGGGUUCUAUUCGCACAUGACCUUUCUCUUCUCCCACGGCGCCAAGAAUACGCUCUCUCUGAAGAACUUUGCCCCCAUCGAACCCAGCGAUGACUGCAACGCCACUUCCGAACGUCUCCUCCGUGAAUGGGAGAGGGAGGCCAAGAAGCCGUCGCCCAAGCUCUGGAAAGUCAUGAUGCGAGUAAUGUGGAUCGGUUACCGACAAUCCGUUUUCCUGGUCUUUGUCUCCUGUCUCCUCAAAGUCGGAACGGCUCUGCUACUUGGCCAGCUUCUAGUUUGGUUCCAGGACAUUGGCACCAGUCCCGCAUACAUGGGCUACGUUUGGGUGAUCCUUCUGUCGCUGGGAUCAGUAUUAUCCCAAAUAGUAUCACACUGGAUUAUCUUCGCAACCACCCGUACGGGCAUGAACCUCCGCAUCAGCUUCAUCGCAACCAUGUACCGCAAGUGCCUGAAUCUCUCUAUCGGCCACACCUCCAGCACCGGUGUGAUCGUCAACAUGAUCUCGGCCGAUGUUCAGCGUCUCGAGGACACCUGUAUCUAUGCUAUCUAUCUGAUCCUGGCGCCGUUUGAGUUUGCUCUUGUGCUCUACUGUCUGUGGGAGCAGAUCGGCGUCUCGAGCCUGGCAGGCAUGCUCGGUCUUGCCCUCCUCGUUCCGCUCCAGUCGCAGUUCGGCAAGAUGUUUGGUGCAAUCCGCCGCGAAACCAACAAGUUCCGUGAUAAGCGCAUCAGCAGUCUCUCCGACCUGCUCAGCGGCAUCCAGGUCAUCAAGCUCUAUGCCUGGGAGCGACCGUUUAUAGACAACGUCAACGACCUGCGCUCACACGAAGUCCACCAGAUGACCAAGAGCUCGCUUCUCCGUGCCAUCAACGACUCGAUCUACUUUGUUUCGCCCACCCUGAUUGCUCUCCUGGCCUUUGGAACGACCUAUGCCCUCGGCGAAGCCCUUACCCCGGCCAAGAUCUUCACGUCCAUUCCUUUGUUCAACAUCAUCCGAAUGGAUAUGACCAAUUACAUUCCCAAGGCCGUGCAGUUUGCUACCGAGGCUCGCGUGUCACUCCAGCGAAUCCAGGAGUUCCUGUCUCUGCCUGAGAUUGAUCGCCUCGCCAGCCACAGCGCCGAUGUGGCCCAUCUGGACUCGGUCGACCCCAAGCUGGCGGUCUUGGUCAGCGACGCCUCCCUUGCGUGGGGCACGACUCCCUUGGGUGGUCGGAAAGCACCGCCAAAGUCUCCGUCCAAAACAGCGACGCCAGUGCCCAGCCUCGAGAAGAAGGAAGACGUGUGCAUCCUCAACAGCAUCUCGUUCCAGGCCAACACCGGUGAGCUCGUGGGCAUCGUCGGACCAGUCGGCGCCGGCAAGACCAGUCUGCUGAACGCCCUCCUCGGCGAGAUGGAGAUCAGAGCCGGAACCAUUCACACGCGCUCGCGCAAGAUGGCCUAUGCAUCGCAGCAGCCGUGGAUCCUCUCCGGCACCAUCCGCGACAACAUCCUCUUUGGUGCCCCGUAUCGAGAGCAGUGGUUCCGCACCGUCGUCAAGGCCUGCGCCCUCGAGCACGAUCUUGGCCGCUUCCCCGAAGGCGAGGAGACUGUGGUCGGCGAACGAGGCGUGACUCUGUCGGGUGGCCAGCGAGCCCGCAUUGCACUGGCCCGUGCGGUCUACGCCGACGCCGACAUUAUCUUCCUGGACGAUCCUCUGAGUGCUGUCGAUGCCCGGGUCGGAAGACAUCUAUUCAACGAAUGCAUCCGUGGCGUACUCAAGGGCAAGACGAUCUUCCUGGCCACGCACCAGCUCCAGUUUGUCAGUCACUGUGACCGUGUCAUCUUGCUCGAGCGCGGCAGAGUCGCCGGCUUUGGAAGCUAUCGGGAGGUCUGCCAAGCACCCGACUCGGUCUUUGCCAAGGUGCUUCAGGACUUUGAGGCUGCGGCAUCCAACAUCCAACAGACAGCAGCCCAAGACCAAGGCGCCAGCGCGGCCGAUGAGGUUCUCGUGAUCGAAGACGAGGUGCCCGAGAUGAACUUCCAGAAGAAGGAGCUGGCGGCCGAGCAGAGUGAGCAGGGUACGCUCUCAACCCAGGUCUAUGUCGACUACUUCCGCACCGGCGGAGGCGUUUCCUGGACGGUUGUGUGCAUCGUCCUGGUGGUGCUGGCCCAGGUGUGCAGUCUGAUGACGGACUGGUGGCUGUCCCGCUGGUCCUCCGAGACGUUCACGGACCAGCGCAACCCCCAGAACCUGUACAUUUACGUCGGCCUUGCGGGAUGCGUCCUGGUGCUGGCCCUGUCGCGAGCCCUGCUGUUCUACUGGAUCUGCCUGAACGCCUCGAGGGGUCUCUUCAAGAAGAUGCUCAACGCUGUGCUCCGAGCACCAAUGACAUUCUUCCAGAACAACCCGCACGGCCGAAUCAUGAACCGCUUCGCCAAGGACAUCAACCUGAUGGACGACAACCUGCCGAUGACGUUCUUUGACUUUACCCAGUUCGCAUUCAUUAUCCUGGGCACGCUGGGUGUCACCGGCACGAUCCCGUAUCUGCUGCUGUUCAUCCCGCCGAUCGUCUACGGCUUUGUGCGAAUCCAGCGCUUCUACCUGCUGACUGCCCGGCAGAUCAAGCGCAUGGAGAAUGUGUCGCGGUCGCCCGUGUACUCGUUCAUCACAACCUCGCUGGACGGACUGGCCCUCGUCCGAGCCUAUGGCCGACAGUCCAUGUUCCUCAACGAGUUCAUCAAGCUGCAGAACGACAACACACGACUGUUCUUUGCCUAUCUCUCGUCGGGGAGAUGGCUCGGCAUUCGCCUGGACAUGUCUGCAUCGGCAUUCAUCUUUGUGCUUGGCCUCCUGUGUGUCGUCCUCAAGUCGAGCCUGGGUCUGUCUGGGGGCACGGUCGGUCUGAUCCUGAGCUAUGCCCUGCAGCUGGCCGGCUGUUCGCAAUGGACGAUCCGACAGAGCACCGAGGUCGAGAACCUGAUGAUCAGCUGCGAGCGCAUCCUCGAGUACACCCGCCUGGCCCCGGAGGCGGCCGAGUACACCCAUGUGCGCCCCGAGAAAGGUUGGCCCAGCAAGGGCAACGUUGCUAUGAAGGAUAUGACACUGCGAUAUCCCGGAAGCUCGUGGGACGCACUGAAGGCGAUCAGCGUCGACAUCCAGGGCGGCACCAAGAUCGGCGUGGUUGGCCGUACUGGAGCUGGGAAAUCGUCCAUCAUCCAGGCACUCUUCCGCCUGGUGGAGCCAACCCCCGAGAACUCCAUCAUGGUCGACGGCGUGUCGACGAGUGCCCUGGGACUGGCGGAUCUGCGCUCGUCCAUCUCGAUCAUCCCGCAGGAGCCCUUCUGCUUCAACGGCACCGUCCGAUUCAACCUGGACCCCUUCAACAAGUACACCGACGCCGAGAUCUGGUCGGCCCUCGAGCUCGUCUCGCUCAAGACCCGGGUGGGAUCCGACCUCGAGACCCACAUCUCCGAGAACGGAUCCAACUGGAGCUUUGGCGAGCGGCAGCUCAUUUGCCUGGCUCGCGCGCUGCUCCGGGCCAGCAAGAUCAUUGUCAUGGACGAGGCCACCUCGGCGGUCGACAUGCAGACGGACCGGCUGAUCCAGGACAGCGUCCGGACCAUCUUCAAGGACUCGACGGUCUUUACGAUCGCGCACCGGCUCAACACCAUCAUCGACUACGACCGGAUCCUGGUUCUGGACGAAGGACGGGUGGUGGAGUACGGCAGCCCGCGCGAGCUGCUGGCGAUCGAGGGCCACGGCUGGUUCUGGAAGAUGUGCAAGGAGACGGGCGAGCAGUCGUUUGAGCUGCUGAAGCGAGCAGCGAGCGAGCGAGGCCAGUGACAAGUGACGGGUAGCGAGUAACGAGCAGGCAGCCGUGCUGCUGAGAUGCUGAAUACGAGCCCCGGUUGGACUGCACAAUGCAUCUGAACAGCGACCCGCGCGAGCGCCGUACCCCGCGAACGAUCCACUUGCCCGCAUGAUGGAGCCGGGGUGUACGGGCUGCCCGACACCAGCGAUGUGAUUCAGCUGGAAUCACAGUGCGACCACCACGGAGCACCGAGUGACAGCUGCUGCCAUGUGUCAACAGCGAAUAUCGUGCCCGGAGAGCGAAUAUCGUGUCUCGGGAGCGGAUAUUGCGCUUCAGCAGCGGAGACAGCACUUCAACAGUCGACAUCUGAUCUCAACACGCUGUACUUUCCAGCGGCUGGCAACAGUUGAACAGUUGAACAGUUGAUGUUCUCGCCCCGCUGUACACUUUAUUCAGAAAAAAACGGGACAAUAUAGCCGUUUCCAUGAACAUGUAGU